UUUGAGUUUUCGCUUUGUACGGUUUGAUAUUGCUGCCGCUUUUGCGAGCUGCUUACAUGCAAGUAAUUGGAGAAUUCUACUUAAACGAUUGUGUUGUGUGCGCGUUUUCGUUGCAAAGGUCUUUGUUUGUUUCUUAUUUCUACAAAUUUAUUGCCGCAAUUCUUUUGUUUGCUUAAUUCUUCAGAAGUUCUUGCAAAUAUUGUUGAAAUUGCAAGCUGUGCGCGGUGAAUCAGUGAAAUGUGCAUACGUCACGCAACAGAUGCGCCGAAAUACAACUGGAAGAAUAAGUAAAUAUAUUAGAAACUACAACAACGCAACCACCACUAAAACAUAUACAAAAAAAAAAAAGUAGUAUAAAACGCAUGAAUACAAAAUAAAGCAUUUCUUAUAAAAUAAAUUUGUUUUUACUAAAACCUAUAGUACUUUUUUAUUACAACUACUAGGAUUAUAGUAAAGAACAGAAACAAUUUUACUGAAACUGCGAUCAAAACACAAAACAACAUUCCAUAACACUGCGAGGCAGUAGAGAGAAAAAUAUAAAUUUAACUACUACCAAUCAAUAUCGACUAUUGAAAGUACAAAAGUUCCAUUUUUCAACUAAAAAAAAACCUACAUACAUACAUACAUAUAUAUGUGAGAAUAGCAUAAAGUUAUAUUAAAGAAAAAAAAUCACAAAAAAAAAUCCAAAAUGACGGAAACUAAUGCAUUUAAUAAUGACGAGAAAUCGAAACGCAGCAGACGCCACAGUAGUAGCAGCACCAUUAGCAGCGGCAGCAAAAGUGGCAGGCGACAACGCGCACAUAAACGUUGCUCCAUCAGCGCAUUCAUCGGUCAGCUGUUCUUCAAUUUCAUCAGCAAAAUCAUACGGCUCGUAUUCCAAUUGAUCUAUGGCGUUAAGGGCGAAACCAUGCCGGCCAUUACCGAUCCCAUAUUGCUCGAGUCGGCCACUUCAUUGGCGCGCAAAAUACGCAAACAGGAGCUCACGAGCGUGCAAGUUGUAGAAGCUUUUAUAUGCCGCAUUAAAGAGGUUAAUCCAAAACUCAAUUGCUGUGUGGACAAUCGCUUUGAUGACGCACUGAAAGAUGCUGCCGAAGCUGACAAACUCAUCAAGUCCGGUACACACACCGAGGAGGAGUUGGAGAAGACCAAACCGUAUUUGGGUGUUCCAAUAUCGACUAAGGACUGCAUUGCGGUGAAAGGACUCCUCCACACUGCCGGUCUGUAUGCGCGAAAAGAUGUGCACGCCACUGAGGACGCCACCGCUAUGGCGUUAAUGCGACAAGCUGGCGCCAUACCCUUCGCACUCACCAACAUCUCGGAAGUUUGCAUGUGGUGGGAGAGCAACAAUGUAGUGCACGGGCGUACAAGCAAUGCUUACGAUUCCAAUCGUAUUGUGGGCGGCUCCAGCGGCGGUGAGGGUUGCAUACAAUCAGCUGCCGCUUCACCGUUCGGUCUGGGCUCUGAUAUUGGUGGAUCCAUACGCAUGCCGGCAUUUUUUAAUGGCAUCUUCGGUCAUAAGCCAAGCAAAUUGAUUGUUUCCAAUAAAGGACAAUUUCCAAUGCCCUUCUCUGAUGAGCAAAAUUCAUUUUUGGGUAUUGGACCGAUGUCACGUUUUGCCGAGGACUUAAAACCGAUGUUGCGUAUUAUAGCAGGUGAAAAGGCAAAAGAAUUGCGUCUGGAUGAACCGGUAGAUUUGCAGAAGGUGCGUUUCUUCUAUCAGGAGAGUGACGGUGGUGGCCGUUUGGUAUCGCCGGUGGACGCUGAUCUAUUGGCAGGCAUGCAACGUACCGUACAACAUUUGCGACAAAAGGUUAAACCUGUGUCGGUGGAAAAAGUGCAGCUGGAGCAAUUUCGUCAAUCCACAAUUAUUUGGUUUGCCAAUAUGAAAGAUGAUUCCGGCUACACUUUCGCACAUCAGCUGGGCGAUCUCAAAGUGUCCAUUAAUCCCUAUGUAGAGUUGGUCAAAUGGAUAUUUGGCGCCUCCAAGCACACUUUCAUCGGUCUGCUAACCGCUAUUAUGGAUAAGACACAAGUGCAAUAUGGCUCCAGCAAAUACAAACACAUGGUGCAGAAACGUGAUGAAUUACGUGCCGAAAUGCAGGAACUCCUAGGCGAAGAUGGUGUUCUACUUUAUCCCACACAUCCCACCGUUGCACCCUAUCACAAUGAACCCAUCUUCCGUCCCAUCAAUUUCUCCUACACCGGUAUUGUGAAUGUGCUGGGCUUCCCCGCCACUGCCGUGCCUUUGGGACAACUCGGUAGUGAGGGUGUGCCUUUGGGUCUGCAAGUGAUUGCCAAUUUUAAUAACGACAGGCUGUGUUUGGCUGUGGCCGAAGAGUUGGAGCGCGCCUUUGGCGGUUGGGCGCGUCCGGAAGUAAAGGUUUAAAAGAAGUUAGAGUAGUUGUAGAAGUAUUUGACAUAUUAUAUAUACAUACGUACAUCAAAGAGAAAGUUACUUGCCGAUGUCACAAGCUAAGCUGAGAACCUUAUAUUUGUAUUGCGAAACUGUUAUACUGUGCGAAACUCUUAUACUAUGCGUGUAAAGUAAAGAAAAAAAUGUUUUUGUAAUAUAUAUAAUUUGCAUACAUACAUAUAUACGUACAUAUGAAAUAUUUUUGUGCAGAUAUAUGUAC